AUGAGGACGGUGCCACCUCCACCGCUGAAGCUGCAGGAGCCGAUCCAGGAGAUCCGAGCGGCGAAGACGCAGGCCCGGGAGCGGGAGGUGAUCCAGAAGGAGUGCGCGCACAUCCGGGCGGCGUCCCGGGAUGGGGACACCCCCCGGCGGCACUACCAGCUGGCCGAGCUGCUCUACGUCCACAGGCUGGGCUACCCCGCCCACUUCGGACAGAUGGAGUGUCUGAAGCCGAUCGCCUCUCCCCGCUUCACGGACAAGAGGGUGGGCUACCUGGGGGCCGUGCUGCUGCUGGACGAGAGGCGGGACGCCCACCUCCUCAUCGCCAACAGCAUCAAGAAGGACCUGUGCCAGGGGUCGCCACCGGUGCAGGGGUUGGCGCCGUGCACGCUGAGCGCCGUGGGGUCGGCCGAGACGUGUCGGGAUCCGGCCCCGGAGGUGGAGCGGCCGCUGCUGCGACCCGCGCCCUACGUUCGCAAGAAGGCGGUCUUGGCCGCGGUGCACGUGGUCCGGAAGGCGCCCGAGCUCUCCGAAGUCUUCCUCCCGCCCUGUGCCCAGCUGCUGCAUGAGCGCCACCAUGGCAUCCUCCUGGGCACGGUGACCCUGAUCACGGAGCUGUGCGAGAGCAGUCCCCCGGCCCUGAAGCACUUCCGCAAGGUGGUGCCUCAGCUGGUGCAGAUCCUCCAGACCUUAGUGAUGUCAGGGUACUCGACUGAACACAGCCUCAGUGACCCCUUCCUGCAGGUGAAGCUGCUGCGGCUGCUCCGAAUCCUGGGCCGGAACCACGAGGAGAGCAGCGAGGUCAUGAACGACCCGCUGGCCCAGGUGGCCACCAGCACGGACACGAGCCGCAACGCGGGCAACGCGGUCCUCUACGAGACCGUGCUGACCACCGUGGACAUCCGCUCCGCCUCCGGCCCGCGGGUUCUCGCCGUCAACAUCCUGGGCCGUUUUCUGCUCAACAAAGACAAGAACAUCAGGUACGUGGCGCUGACCUCGCUGCCGCGACUGGUGCCGUCGGACCGCGGUGCCGUCCGACGGCACCGGCCCACCGUGGUGGAGCGCCUGCGGGACCCGGACGCCUCCCUGAGCCGCCGGGCGCCGGAGCUGAGCCCGGCCCUGGUGAACGGCUCCAACGUGCGGGCCGCGACCCGGGAGCUGCAGGCCUUCCUGGAGACGCCCCCCGACCCGCGGGCCGACCGCGCCUCCGGCAUCCUGCUGGCCGCCGAGGGGUUCGCCCCGUCCGAGCGCUGGCACGUCGACACCGUCCCGCGGGUGCUGACCACGGCGGGCGCCCACGUGCGAGACGACGCGGUGGCCAGCCUCACCCAGCUGAUCGGGGGAGCCGAGGAGCUGCGCGCCUAUUCUGUGCGUUGCCUCUGCGGCGCCCCGGCCGCGGACAUCUCCCAGCAGCCCCUGGUUCAGGUGGCCGCCUGGUGCAUCGGGGAGUUCGGGGACCCGCUGCUGGACGGGAGCCGUGAGGAGCUGGAGCCGCCGCAGGUGGAGGAGGACGCCGUGCUGGCUCUGCUGGAGAAGGUGCUGCGGUCCCACCUGCCCUUGCCCGGCUACGCCCUCACCGCCCUCGUGAAGCCGAGCACCCGCCUCCGGGGGGACAACCGGGAGGCCGUCCUGGAGAAGAUACCACUGCCGGAGCGGGGCCGGGAGGACGGCGAGCCAGCGGAGGGCGGCGGGAAGGAUUCCCCCGGGCCGGCAGAGGAGCCCCCCGCCCCGGCCGGCUCCCAGAGCCUUAUCGAAGCGCUCAAAUGCGAACGAAUGAGCGACCCGCUCUCUGUCGGGCUCUGCCAGGCCUCCGACCUCCUGGAUCUCUUGGACCUCCUCGACAGCCCGCCCGGGCCCACCCCUCGUCCGCCCGCUGCCGGGCAGCCGGCCCCGGGAGGGAGCCCGCUGCACCCGCUGGACCUUCCCCCGCCGCCCCCAGCGGCCAUCCCUGGCCUGACGGUCUUCGAGCGGGCGGGGCUGCGCCUGGACCUGGCCUCCGCCCGCCCCGCCGAGACGCCGGCCCUGCUCCUGGUGACCGCCACGGCCACCAACACCUCCCCGGGGGAUGUCACCCGUUUCGUCUGCCAGGCCGCGGUGCCCGGGAGUUUGCAGUUGCAGCUGGAGGCCCCCAGUGCGGACACCGUCCCGGCCCGGGGGGGCACCCCCCUCACCCAGCUGCCCCGCGUCCUCAACCCCAACAAGGCUCCGCUGCGGAUGAGGCUGCGCCUCGCCUACGACCACCCCGGCCACCCGGUGCAGGAGCUCUGCGAGGUCAACGGCUUCCCGCCGGCCACCUGGCAGUGACCCUCCACCGCAUCGUCCCCCCGGCCCGGCCUCCCCCACGCCGGGCAGAGGCGGGGGGCUCUCGGGGUGGGAGCCCCGGCUGUGAAGGACCCCAGUAAACUCGGACGGAAGCGGCGUCCAGCUCCGUGCCGGGGCCUGGACUGCCGCAGGGGACCGGAGGCGAAAGGCUGAGGCGCCAAAGGCGGGGCUGGAGGGACGGGGCCUUCCCGGAGCUGGGGCUUAGGACAGUGCUCGGCACCCAGGAAGCGCUUAACAGAUACCUUAACAAUA